AUGCAGUGGAGAAGAACGUCUACGUCAUUUUCACAAUUGCGGAGGCAGGCUGAGGAGCGGCGUAUGUGUGUGAGACAAGAGGCUCAUAUUCAUUACUGGCUUACGUUGCAUCGCGCCAAGUCGUGCACGGCGCCCCCAAAAUGGCCCUAAACCCCAGCACGAUGGGGAAAAGGGAGUCGGAUUACACUGAUUUGGGCAGCCUACACCAGGAAGGUGGCGAGCCCCAGAAGAUUUCAGCCGCCACCUCGGCCACAGCCAACCAAAAUGGCGAUCAGCCUGGCUGUGGAGACUGUGUAAUACCCGAGCAAGAAACCCCUGAGCGCCACAACAGCGUGCAGGCGGACGCCCGAAGCUGGACCGGCUCCCCGACGCCGGGCCAGAGACGAAGCGAGGAGCGGCCACGGAAGCCUUUUCAAAUCCCGAGGAAGAAAGAACGGAAAGGGUUGUACCAGCUUCUGCCACCUGACAGCCGGGAAUUUGACGACCUUGUAAAACUACUCUCCUCUUUUUACCUGGAUGUGUCAUCGAGAGGAACGUUCUCCUACAGCAAGGCCAGGCUCAUUCACAACGAGCUACUGGAGAAGGAGUUCAUCGAGAAGAGGAGAGAGAUGAAGCAAGAAGGGCGGACAGAACAAGAACUGACAGAAUCAUACUGCUUUUUAUACCCAGAAAAAUCCAAGCUUCAGUGGAUCUGCGAGAAGGGUUUGUCCGUGGGACACUCAAGGAUAACAACAGUCGGAAAUGCAUCAGUGGGUGUAUAUCUCUCCAAAUUCUCGGAUUUAUUACAAAUCAAUCCCUUUGAAGUUGGUUCAGCUGGAGACAUGAUCAUUUUUAAAGUGAUGAGGGGAAGAGUCAAGCACAUCCAUGAGAACAUGCCAAACAACGCAAAGGAACCGGCAACCAAGUUUGACUGUCAUUUGUCCAAAAGUGCCAAUCGGGUUACGUCCUUGCUGUCCUACAGAGCAUUUGAGCUCACACAGCAAUAUUUUUUCGAAUUUGCAUUUGAUGAAAUCAAAGCACGCCCCAGGCAAGUGUGCCCCUAUGCUGUGGUUUCCUUUCAGUACAAAGGCAAGGAUGGUGCAGCCACUCCUUUUUCGACACACAGGAUUGGUGUUAUUUCCUCUGAAGGAAGUCGAGGGCGGCACUCCUAUUCUGUGUGGAGUGGUCCGCUGGUAGCCAAGGGCCAGGAGUUGUUCCCGAUCCGUUUACGAUCAUCUUCGCGGGCCUACCUUCCUUUCAAACUUCCCGAGAAGCUUGAAAUGAAUCAAGGCAUGCUGCUUGAGCAGGUGAAGAGAAAGAUUCCCGCAGUGCUCUUCGCUUGGGACACCUACAGCACAUCACGGGAAGUGGUGAAGUAUGGGAUGUCAUGCAGCCUUUUUGAGGUUACAGAAGGAAAAGGAAAACCGACCAGUGGCAGUCUGGCGGCACUGAUAAACAAACUGGAGAAAGACCGGAUGGUGCUGGUGAAGUCCCUGUUUGACCGAGGCUUUCUCUUUCUGUUGUCCUCAGCACAGAUGAUGGAGUCCAAAGAACGGCGAGGGCGGGUUGAAAAGAGCCUACAAGCAAUAUUCCUCUUUCAUGAGUCAAGGGCCGUUUUCAAGUAUUCAGCCCGACUUUCCAACCCAGAGCCAUUGACAGCAGGGCCACACACCAACUUCCCAUCUAUGGAACGUUUCAUCCCUGCUUUGCAUUACGCCUUUUUCACCUUGCGCCCAAAUGCGGGCAAGGACCCAAGUUCCGCUGUGGAGCGACAAGCCACGGACUAUUUAAGUCGCAUAGACUCGGGAAGAGUGCGGCCAUUUAUCUUGCCUGAUUACAAAUACCAUGUGGAUGACAGGCCAUAUACGGUUCCUUUACCCAGACCCAAAGGGAACAUGGAAGCCAUACUACGUUCUUACAUCCACAACUCAUCCAACUACACUUUACCCGUGAACAAGGCAAAGGACAUAAUUGAACGGAUAAGCAACCCUCCACCUGUCGCUGCCCCCGUCUCUGCAGAGUACAGUCCGGUUUCUGACUGGGGUGGCUCUGACCGCUCUGAGAGACUGUCAGAAAGGCCACCACCAGAACAACUCGCGCAGGAGAUCGCGGCUUCAGACGCUAACAAACAGGGGCCAGUGUUGGCCCAUUCAAACGGUGCGCAGUUGCAGCACGAGUCCCACACUGAAUCCCAGUCACAGCCACAGCCACUGAAGGUGCAGCUGUCACAGAGUGACUACGAUAAAGACAAGAUGACGCAGUUACUGAAACUGAUCCAACUCCACAAGAGAACACUAGUCAAGGAUCCCGGCAGGGAAAAAAAGGAUGGAGCCUGUGAGUCCAACAACCUCAAGAGGAAAUUUGAAGGCGAUGAACGGGUAGACAAGAACAAACAUCAACGCACAGAUCUGUUGAGCAACGGUGAACCCAGCAGGGGGGCAGCAACGGAAGAGACGGGAGAAGACGGCGGCCAGAGUGAAAAUCUGACCACGGUAAUGGAAAGCAUGGGUAUCUAUGACACAGACUUGAGGACUUGUGGCAAUACCAAUACAACAGCAGUUCAUGAGACCCAGCGUCUCCUCAAGAUACUGCUCUCCACUCUCAACAAAGCCGUUGCUCAGGGAUCAAUAUCUGUGAAAUCAAAACACAGUGGACGGUCAACGAGGGUGGAGACUGCUGUUCCGGCCUCCGAUUUUAGCAAACAAAUUGAGCCUGCAUCACAAACAAACUACACGGAGGAGGAUAUGGACUGUAGUCCCGGAAGUACUUUUAGCGCAGGCUCUCCAGUAGACCAAGCUCAAACCUCAGCCAGCACAAGCUGUGCCAUACCCACAAAUGAAGAAAAAAUCCAGUCCUUGCCUGAGCCAGAGGCUGUGACGAUAGAGAGCCUCGAUUUGAAGAUGCCCUCGGCGAUUGAUGUGAAAAAAGGCGGACCGACGUUAUCGUUAGCAGAGGAAGCUCCUUUCAGGCCCUCUAUCAGCUUGGACACUAUACUUAACCAGGAAUUGCACAGCCUCACUUCUGACAUUAAAAACAUCAUGCAGAGCCAUUGCAUUACUUACACCUUACAACUACCUCCGCGGCUACCUCUGCCUAAUUCCUGGCAGAGCAGGAGCUGCUUCUCAGACUUUGUCAACCAGCAUGUCACUCCUGUCUCCGUGCAGGAGCAUGUCGAAGCACUGAGUGGGCAGUUGGAAAAGUUGAUCCCGGCCCCACCUGGUUCACCCAAGGCCUCUUCCCCGGAGCCACCCGAGGCGAUCGCAGAUUCACCAAUGCCGUCAUCAGUGCAAACUUCCAAACCUGAAGUACAGCCCCCACAGAUGAACUCUUCUCAGACUAGUAGUCAAGGUCCUAUAAAAGAGGUGAUAGAAAGCGUGGCUAAGUCAGAUCCUGCUUCAGCAGAGAUUGUGGAAGAGGCUUAUUCUCCCUCCCAGAUACCCCCAGAGUCAUCAGCGAAAUCGCAAAAGUCUAUUUCUGCCAUGUCCUCGGGCGCUAUUGCUGGUCCCGGCACUGCCAGCACUGGUACCGGACUCAUGUCAGGCAGCCUCAUUGGUCAACUAAAACCAGAAGUUUUCAGCAGCUUGGUGGAAAUCUUUAAGGAUGUCACCAAGAAUACAGUCAAGUUCUACAUCUACUCUGGGGAUGAGGGCGAGGAGAGUACCGUCUGCAAGGAGAUAAAGGAAUACUUGAAAAGUCUUGGCAACAGCGAGUGCACACCGCAGAUGUUUCUGGAAAACAGCAGCAGUCUAGACAAACUGCUUAUCAUCAUUCAGAAUGAACACAUUGCUGCACAUGUGCACAAGAUCCCAGCACUGGUGUCUUUGAAGAAGUUGCCUUCUGUGAGCUUUGCUGGUGUCGACACUCUGGACGAUGUCAAGAACCACACCUACAAUGAACUGUUUUUGUCUGGAGGCUUCCUGGUGUCCGACGAGUUUGUUCUUAAUCCUGACCUCAUCACACAGGAUCGCUUGCAGGCACUACUGAAGUUCUUGGAGGAACAAAGUACUCCCGAGCAGCCCUGGCAGUGGAAGGUGCACUGCAAGUCACAGAAGAAGCUUAAAGAAAUGGGCCGGUUGAACACCAACGCGAUGGGGCUACUCAACCUUCUGACAACCUAUCAAAAGAAGCACCUAGUAGAGUUCCUUCCUUACCACGAAUGUGACGCCCAGUCACGUCAGGCUCCCGAUCUCGACUGCCUGAUUAAGCUGCAAGCUCAGCACACACAACAGCGUCAUCUUAUUUUCGUCACAGAGAGGCCCUUUGAGAUGUUCCUUCAAUAUUCCAGGAAUGGAAUAAUGAUAGCAAGCAUUGAUGAUAUUAUGAGUGCUUUCCACAGCCUUAUUGGGUCCAUCAAUCAAAAUGAGCUCCCAACACCGCCCUCUACAGUAGUGAACGAUGAGUGCGAGGGAGAGGAGGACAUGUCGUUAGACUCCGAUGAUGGUGCGACGCCCCCUGUCGUCGAUGGCAAAGAGCAACACCCCGAAGCGGACACAAUGAUGCUACCACAACCGCCCCUCCCAAACACGGAAGAAUUCCGUCCACCGCUUCCCGACCAUCAUGUGACCCCUGAUGGAACUCCGCCACAGUCCGACUACAGCGCUCUCAAAACCGCCAUCUCUCAGUUCAAAGCCGCAAACCAGUUAGGCAUCGGCUCCUCAGACACGGGAAGCGCGUCGCCUGGAGGUUUCCCCGUCAAUCCCCACCAAAGUUUUUUGUGUCCCUCUGCCCCGUGGUCUUCCUACACCGGCUCGUCCAGUUAUGCAGCCUCCCCGGCCUAUCCUGCUUCACCCUGCAGCAGCAACCAAGAACAGGAGUACCGCCCCCCGGCCACAGUCCCGACCACGACAACCCCCCCUACUGUCAACACCACAGCAGGACCUCUCGCCAAUCUGGCCUCUCUCCCGUUAGAGGUCAAACCCCCUCCUCCGCCUCACCUCAUGAUGCUCGGUCACACGUAUGGCUCGGACCCCGCAGGACCUGGAGUUCCCGGGACUCCUCCCCUCACCCCUUCCCUACCUUACAUAGACAACAGUGACACAGUCAAACAAAGUUACAUGACUGGCAUUCCCAUCAAUGCUAGCUGUAGCCCAGCACAACAUGCGGACAGGACGCUUAGCGGAGCCGGGGAGGGGAAUUGGAGGCCGCCGGGGACCAGCACUUUUCCGACUGCAAGCAAUCAGGUUGCGGUUACGCCUGGCCCAGUGGACCCCACUGUACUGCCCAAGAGCGGGGAAGGCCUUGGCGGCAUCAAGGCCACAUGUCAGAGUGGCAGGACUCAAGUGAAUUGCACUGACAAACCUGGGGCUCCUGUGGGUGUUCCCACAGUAGCCACCAGAGGGGGCUCAGCAGUCAGACCUACACUUCCUCCACAGCGAAUGUGUGGCAUGGGUUUCGGCAAUGUGGGUGGCGCCAUGCCCGCACCGAUGAAUCAUGGAUCUAUGAGGGGUGCUGUGGGUCCUGGGCCGUUCCGGGGGAGAGGAGUUCCUCGGGUUGGACUCUGGCCACGACCAGGACCGGGGCGAGGACAUGAACGAGCGGAUGGACCUAGAGGGGGUCCUUGCUCUUGGGGUUACCCAACAGGAAGGGGUGGGACCCAAAAUUACUACACAGACUACACAUACUCUCACAAUUAUGCCCCUGAGUAGCCAAGCAAGUUGUUGUAAGGGGCAACACAAACAUCAUACUCCACAGAACUGGCUGAAUGUAUAUAUAUAUUUCCUUGUCAAAUAAAGAUCCUGGUUUUCUACAUUAAUAAAGAUUGAUACAGGCAGUGCCGAGUGUCCUACUGUCGCGUGAACUGUAUGUAUGCACUCUUUCCAUGUGAACUGUGAAGGCACCCAGUUCAAACCACUAUAUUUAUAUUUGCCAACAAAUGCUAUUGGCCUUUCAGAUUCUCUGAAUUUACCCUGUAAUUUCUGUUUAUUCUGCUUUUGCAACAGUUUAUGGACAAGGGGAAAGGAUAUUUUUUUAUUUAAAAAAAAAAUAAUCACAUGAGUGCAAUUUCAAUUGCUGUUUUUGUUCCCCUUUAUUUUAUGCAGUUGGUUGUCCUAAAUUCUGUGAAAUAAAACAUUUCAAAUAUUGGUUGA